AUGCCACAAAAAGAAGUAACAAUUCCAGUACCAGCAAAAGGUGGUAGCAAUAAAGAAGAAGACAAAAAAGAUAAUAAAGAUACAGAAGAGAAAAAUACUACCACCAACACUACCACCAAAGAUAAUAAAAAAGAUAAAAAAAAAGAUAAAAAAGAAGAAACUUUAUCACCAGAAGAUGAAAAAUUAAAAAAUGAUUUAGAAUUAUUAGUUGAAAGAUCAAGAGAUGAAAAAGAAGAAAUUGCAUUGGCUGCAUUGGAAGCUUUAAAAACUGAAAUUAGAUCAUCAACUUCUUCAAUGACUUCUGUACCAAAACCAUUAAAAUUCUUAAGAAAUCAUUAUUCAACUUUAGUAGAUAUUUAUAAAAAUUCAAAAGAAGGUAAAGCUAAAACAUCAUUAGCUGAUAUUUUAUCAGUAUUGGCAAUGGCAAAUGGUAAUGAUGAAAGAGAUACACUUAAAUAUAAAUUAUUGGGUAGUGGUGAAGCAAUUGCAAGUUGGGGACAUGAAUAUGUUAAACAUUUGGCAACAGAGAUUGGUGUUGAAUAUGAUAUCAAAAAGGAAGAGAAUCAAUCAGUAGAGGAUUUAUUAAAAUUGGUUGAUGAGAUUGUACCAUUCCAAAUGACACAUAAUGCAGAGCCAGAGGCUUGUGAUCUCCUAUUGGAGGUUGAACAACUCUCAAAGAUUUUCCAAUACAUUGACGAGAAUAAUUAUAGUCGUGUUUGUCUUUAUCUAUUCAAAUGUUCAUAUUAUGUACCAGGUCCAGAUGAUAUCAACAUCUUAAAGGUUUGUGUUGAAAUCUAUAUUAAAAUGAAACAAUAUCCAGAUGCACUCAGAGUUGCUAUGAAAAUUUCUGAUCCUGAAUUAAUUACUGAAAUUUUUAAAUUGGUUGAAAAUAAUAAAUCAAUUUUACAACAAUUAGGAUUUUUAGUUGCAAGACAAAAAAUUGUACCAGAUAAUUUUAAUUAUGAUUCAAUUAGUGAUAUUAUAAAUAAUUCAAAAUUAAGUGAAUACUUUAUGAAUUUAGCAACUGAUUUAGAUAUUAGAGAACCAAAAUUACCAGAGGAAAUUUUCCAAUCUCAUUUAGAUUCAACCAGUGCAAUUGCAGAUUCAGCAAGAAUGAAUUUAGCUUCAUCAUUUGUAAAUGCCUUUGUUAAUGCUGGUUUCGGUAAAGAUAAAUUGAUGACCGCUGAAGAAGAUACAAAAUGGUGGUUCAAGAAUAGAGAAUUGGGUAUCCUUUCAACUGUUGCUUCAACUGGUAUGGUUGUACUUUGGGAUAUUGAUGGUGGUUUAACAAAGAUUGAUAAAUUUUUAUACUCUCAAGAGAAACAUUGUAGCAAUGGUGCUUUGAUGGCUAUUGGUAUGUUAACAAGUGGUAUUAGAAGUGAAAUGGAUCCAGCACUCUCUCUAUUGGCCGAACAUAUCAAUAGUUCAAACACUGGUACUCGUAUUUCUGCCAUCUUUGGUUUGGGUUUAGCCUAUGCCGGCACACAAAGACAAGAUCUCAUGAGCUUACUCUCACCAUGUCUCGACGAUGAUAAGGAGAAGAUGGAAUUUAUUGGUAUCGUUGGUUUAGCUUUGGGUUUAAUUUUCAUUGGUUCUUGUGAUCCUGAAUUAUCAACCCUCUUUGUACAAACUCUUAUUCAACGUGGUACCGCCGCAAGCGAAUCUCAUGCUCGUUUCCUUCAUUUGGGUUUAGGUUUACUUUACCUCGGUAAACAAGAUGCCGCCGAGUUGGCCUUGGAAACAUUGAAAGCCAUCGAAGGUAAAGGUGGUGAGUAUGCCCGUCUUACAGUUGAAGCUUGCGCUUACGCAGGUACUGGUAAUGUAUUGAAGGUUCAAAAUAUGCUCCAUUUCUGUAGUGAUGGCCAAGAAAAUCCACAUCAUGGUUUAGCCGUACUCUCAAUCGCUUUGAUUGCAAUGGGUGAAGAGUUGGGUUCAGAUAUGUGUCUCAGAAUGUUUGAUCAUCUCCUUCAAAAGGGUAAUGUACACAUUAAACGUGCUAUCCCAUUGGCAUUGGGUUUAUUAUCACCAUCAAAUCCACGUAUUGCCAUUAUGGAUAUUCUUAGUAAACUUUCACAUGACAAUGAUCCAGAAGUUGCUCAAGGUGCCAUCCUUUCAUUGGGUUUGAUUGGUGCUGGUACAAAUAAUGCUCGUAUUGGUGGUAUGUUAAGAGCUUUAGCCGUUUUCUAUGGUAAAGAUGUCCAUUUAUUCUUUGUUCGUAUCGCUCAAGGUUUACUUCAUUUAGGUAAGGGUACCAUGACUAUCAAUCCAUAUCAUAGUGAUCGUACUUUAAUGUCACCAGUGGCAGUGGGUGGUUUAUUAGCUCUCUUACAUGCUGGUCUCGACAUUAAAAAUAUCCUCUCAACUCAAUCUCACUAUUUAUUCUUUUCAAUCGUUUGUAGUAUGUAUCCACGUAUGUUAAUGACCCUCGAUGAGGAUCUUAAACCAUUACCAGUAAGCGUUCGUGUUGGUCAAUCCGUUGAUAUCGUUGGUUUAGCAGGAAAACCAAAAACAAUCACUGGUUUCCAAACUCAUACAACUCCAGUACUCUUGGGUUAUAACGAACGUGCUGAACUCGCCACUGAUGAUUACAUUCCACUCACAAACAUCUUAGAAGGUAUUGUAAUUCUUAAACCAAAUCCAAAUGCAUCUGUAACUUCACCAUUAGCUUCAAAAAAAAAUUAA